GCUGGGAUUAAAGGCAUGCGCCACCAACGCCUGUCCCAGCCUAGGAUUUUUAAAUCUCUGUCUGAUUAUUUUCGAAACUUUGUAGAUUCUUGCCUCCAGAAAAUCCCUCAAGAUCGCCCUACAUCAGAGGAACUUUUAAAGCACAUGUUUGUUCUUCGAGAGCGCCCGGAAACAGUGUUAAUAGAUCUUAUUCAAAGGACAAAGGAUGCAGUAAGAGAACUGGACAAUCUGCAGUAUCGAAAGAUGAAGAAACUCCUUUUCCAGGAGGCACAUAAUGGACCAGCAGUGGAAGCACAGGAAGAAGAGGAGGAGCAAGAUCAUGGUGUUGGCCGGACAGGAACAGUGAAUAGUGUUGGAAGUAAUCAGUCCAUUCCCAGUAUGUCUAUCAGUGCAAGCAGCCAAAGCAGCAGUGUUAACAGUCUUCCAGAUGCCUCGGAUGACAAGAGUGAGCUAGACAUGAUGGAGGGAGACCAUACAGUGAUGUCUAACAGUUCUGUUAUCCACUUAAAACCUGAGGAGGAAAAUUACAGAGAAGAAGGAGAUCCUAGAACAAGAGCAUCAGAUCCGCAGUCUCCCCCUCAAGUGUCUCGUCACAAAUCACAUUAUCGUAAUAGAGAACACUUUGCAACUAUACGAACAGCAUCACUGGUUACGAGACAGAUGCAAGAGCAUGAGCAGGACUCUGAACUUAGAGAACAGAUGUCUGGUUACAAGAGGAUGAGGCGGCAGCAUCAAAAGCAGCUGAUGACUCUAGAAAAUAAAUUAAAGGCAGAGAUGGAUGAACACCGUCUCAGAUUAGACAAAGAUCUUGAAACUCAGCGUAACAAUUUUGCUGCAGAAAUGGAGAAACUUAUCAAGAAACACCAAGCUGCUAUGGAAAAAGAGGCAAAAGUGAUGGCCAAUGAGGAGAAAAAAUUCCAGCAACACAUUCAGGCUCAACAGAAGAAAGAGCUGAAUAGCUUUUUGGAGUCCCAAAAAAGAGAAUAUAAACUUCGAAAAGAGCAGCUUAAGGAGGAGCUGAAUGAAAAUCAGAGCACACCUAAAAAAGAAAAGCAGGAAUGGCUUUCAAAGCAGAAGGAGAAUAUACAACAUUUCCAGGCAGAAGAAGAAGCUAACCUUCUUCGACGUCAAAGGCAGUAUCUAGAGCUAGAAUGUCGUCGCUUCAAGAGAAGAAUGUUACUUGGGCGACAUAACUUGGAACAGGACCUUGUCAGGGAGGAGUUAAACAAAAGGCAAACUCAGAAGGACUUGGAACAUGCUAUGCUACUACGACAGCAUGAAUCCAUGCAAGAACUGGAGUUUCGCCACCUCAAUACUAUUCAGAAGAUGCGUUGUGAGUUGAUCAGACUGCAGCAUCAAACUGAGCUCACUAACCAGCUAGAAUACAAUAAGCGAAGGGAACGGGAACUAAGGCGAAAACAUGUUAUGGAAGUUCGACAACAACCUAAGAGUUUGAAGUCUAAAGAACUCCAGAUAAAAAAGCAAUUUCAGGACACAUGCAAAAUUCAAACCAGACAGUACAAAGCAUUAAGAAACCACCUACUGGAGACUACACCAAAGAGUGAGCACAAAGCUGUUCUGAAAAGACUCAAGGAGGAACAGACUCGGAAGUUAGCCAUCUUGGCUGAGCAGUAUGAUCAUAGCAUUAAUGAAAUGCUUUCCACACAAGCUCUGCGUUUGGAUGAAGCACAGGAAGCAGAAUGCCAGGUUUUGAAGAUGCAGCUGCAGCAGGAACUGGAGCUAUUGAAUGCAUAUCAGAGCAAAAUCAAGAUGCAGGCUGAGGCCCAACAUGAUCGAGAGCUUCGAGAGCUGGAACAGAGGGUCUCCCUUCGCAGGGCACUCUUAGAACAAAAGAUUGAAGAAGAGAUGUUGGCUUUGCAGAAUGAACGCACAGAAAGAAUACGUAGCCUGCUCGAGCGUCAAGCCAGAGAAAUUGAAGCUUUUGACUCUGAAAGCAUGAGACUAGGUUUUAGUAACAUGGUUCUUUCUAACCUCUCCCCUGAGGCAUUCAGCCACAGCUACCCAGGAGCUUCUAGUUGGUCUCACAAUCCUACUGGGGGUCCAGGACCUCAGUGGGGUCAUCCCAUGGGUGGCACACCACAAGGUUGGGGCCAUCCAAUGCAAGGUGGACCCCAGCCAUGGGGUCAUCCCUCAGGGCCAAUGCAAGGGGUCCCUCGAGGUAGCAGUAUGGGAGUCCGCAAUAGCCCCCAGGCUCUGAGGCGGACAGCUUCUGGGGGACGGACGGAACAGGGCAUGAGCAGAAGCACGAGUGUCACUUCACAAAUAUCCAAUGGGUCACACAUGUCUUACACAUAGUAAUUGAAAGUGGCAAUUCUGCUGGAGCUGUCUGCCAAAAGAAACUGCCUACAGACAUCAUCACAGCAGCCUCCUCACUUGGGUACUACCGUGUGGAAGCUGAGUGCAUAUGGUAUAUUUUAUUCGUUUUUGUAAAGCGUUAUGUUUUGUGUUUACUAAUUGGGAUGUCAUAGUAUUUGGCUGCCGGGUUUUUGUGGUUGGCUUUUUGUUCUUUUGUUUUUGACUUUUGGAAAAUUUUAAAAGUGGGAAUAGAUAAAUAAUUUCAUAUGUGUGGCAAAAAGAAAUUGGCUUAAUAGAAGGAGUUUUAUCUGAACAAUGUAAAAAUAAAAUGAACCAAACUGGCCUGAAUCAUCACUUUAGGAUGUCCAUAGCCUCAAAGGGUUAUUGGAAGAUAUAAUGCCUUCUUCCAUAUUCCAAAUUCUUCGAGUCACUGACAGCAGGCAGCAUCUAUACUGAAACACCUUCUUACUGAAACAUACCUCCACUCCUUACCAGUGUAUAUCCUUUCUUUGUGAAAUUGGUCUGACUUCUCAACCUCAUUUGGACUAAAAAGCAGAAAACCAUGAACAUUAAAAGAUUGUAUUUACCUUUUCAGGUGGUAGAAAAUCAUUUAGUUCUUUGCUAAGUGCUUCAGAAGUUUGUUGCUGAUUUUGUAGGUUGUGUCGUUGUAAGAUGAAGAUCAUAAGCUGUGUGGGGUUUGCACUAACAAACGUGUGAGCUAUCAGAGGGAAAAUCCAGUGGGCUAGUGGGCCCUGAAGGUUCCUGUGAUAGAUACAUUUUCAGCAUGGAACGAGGAGAUAAAGCUUAUAUAUCCUGACAUUUUGUUUCUUGUGCAAUGAUAUCUCAUGCUACCCAAACUGUAAGACCCCAGACAGUACAUUUGCUUUGUUUUUACAAAAACAAAGACACUUAGCCAGCACGAAGCAAAUGCCGGAGGUAUUUGAAUGAUGCCAUAUUUGUGAACUGCCAUCUAUUAGAAUACUCAUCACACUACACAGACAUAAUUUUAUUAUCUCCCUUUUUGGCUUAUGGGAUUUCCUGUUUACAAGUAGCAAUAGUCAAUUCUUUAAAUACUUAGUUGCCACCAGGAGUCACUAAAUCAGUGACUAUCAGCUGCUGACUAAUCUUCACACUGUAGAUGUUGCUUCAUCUCUGUGUUUAGUCGUGUUUUUGUUGCUGCAGUACCUUACAGACUUUUAGUUCACUGAUACUUAGUGACCAUCUUAGUCCAUGUUAUAUCACAUAAUAGCAAGUCCCCUUUCAGCAGUCUCUAGCUUAGUGCUAAAAUACUACUGAGAAACAAACUUAAGUUAGUUUGGUGAGUGAAAGAAAACAGCAGAAAUUAAAAAUAAGUUAUAUAGUGGUCAGGGAACACUAACUGGGGAGUGUGUUCUGUCUUUUUUCAAUGAAGGAUCAAUCCAGUGUUGUACGUCAGUGCUAGUUAGAAUCCUCUGGUUGCUUGUGUAGAGCUUGAGUUGGAGGUAGGUAAGAGGUAAUGCCAUUUUUAGUGACAGACGAGGGUUUCUUAAAAGUUACUAUCCUGCUCCCUUUUCAGUUGUCUUGAAGAGCGCUUGCUGCUGACUCUGGUUCCUGUUUUUCAUGUAAUUAGAUGGCAAGAACACACUUAAUCAUACUUAAACCAAACUAGUGACCGAAUUGUCAUCUGCUACUAUUGAAGUUCUUCGUUUUCUUAACCACAUCUUAAGACUUGUCCAGGUAUGUCAUUCCAAUCUCCAUGACUUACCUCCUUAAGGAAUUUCUAACUUUGGUUUGAGAGUUUCUGACACUAAUUAACAGAAAAAUUAGAUCAGGGUAUGGUAGCACAUGCUUAUAAUCCCAGCACCUGGGAGGUAGCAGUCUGGGGUUCAAGGCUGCCUUCAGCAGUCUCACAAAGGGAAGAAAGAUGCUAUAAUAUAGAUCCUUUGAAAACCAAUAGAAGGUUGAUGGCAGAGUUCACACACAUUUUUAAACAUGUUCAACAUCAGUUUUUAGGUAAACAUACUUACAGCUAAUAAAAAGGACUUUUCUUUUAGUUUUCUGUCUUUUUUUGUAUUCAAAAUACUAUUCAAGAGUUUCAAACAAAUUGAGAGUUCUAUAUAUUUGGAGAAAUUAAGGGAAAGCUUUAGAUUUAAUAGGCUGUUCACAACUAUAAAAGACCAUCUUUUGCAGUGUGGCCAUGCUGGUGGCACACACCUUUAAUCCCAGGAGGCAGAGGCAGAGGCAGAGCCUGGUUUACAGAGAGCUAGUUCCAGGAGAGCUAAGACUGUUAGACAGAGAAACCCUGUCUUGAAAAAACAAAAAAUAAAAAGACCAUCUUUUACAAGAUGGUCUUAUAAAACCAUUAAAAACCAUUCUUCAUGAAUCUGGCCCCUAUCUGCUACUGGAGGGUCAGAAUGGGAAAGCAGGUCAGAUGUGAAUUUUAAAAAUUCAGACUCCAAACUACUACCAGAGAUACAUUUUAUAGUACAGCUGUGAGUUUCACUUGGUCAGAUUGAGUUGCCAAGUCCACUUUGGUCAUAAUGUGCUCAUAUUAGUGUGAUUUCCUACUGACUGUGUUGUCUCCAAUAGGGAUUUCUGCCUCAGCUAAUUGUGUGGCACCUAGCUUCCUCAUGUAGGCCAGGAUUACACCAUCAAUUUAGUUAAAAUCCAUGUGGUUUUCCAAAUGAUGAAAAUGAUGAGGGUUAUGUGUUUGUAAAGCUAUAACUUCUGAGGAAUCAUGUACAUGGCAGGGUUUUUGUCACAGUAAAAACUGGUAACAGGAAAAUUUGAAAGGGUUUGAAAUGCCCCGAAGACAGGGCAAGUAGUUUCUGGGAGAAAAAAAUGAAAAUGUCAACAUUUGGCCAAAUAAACAGCACCAAAAGUGAAAAAACGUGGAGAACAUGUGUAGCACACCAGAAGUUACUGAUCUAUAUAUGGUAUUCAGAGCCUGACAGAGAAAUGUUUCUUGUUCUCCUCUUUUGGGUCAGCAUUUUAAAAAUGCAAAGAAAGCCUCAUAUAUUGAGACAUUUUAUUCCUAAUUAAAUUCCCCACCUUUGCACAUAACUUUUAAACUUAACUCUAACCCUAAAUUGUGACAUCAGAGAGUGUUUGCACUGUGUAGCAAUGCUAGCUGAAAGCGUGUUUAUUUUUAUAGCGCUCCUGUCCUUUUACUCAUUUCCAUAACUAGACAUGAAUAGUCCUGAACGAGAAGUCACACCCACAGGAGACACACACUUAGUCUCAAGUCGAGGCCUAUCCAGUAAAGUGGAACUUCGUACAUAGUCAUGAUUUUUUGACUGCCUGGACAUCAAGUAAAUAACAUUCAAAACACUAAAGAAACUGUCCUGGAGAUUCCAUCCUGCUAACAACUUUUUGUGUACAUCUUUUUUUUUUUUUUUCCCCAGAUCUUAAGGCAGAAUUUAGUAAUUUUGUGCUUCUGUAAAUGUCUAGCAUUUUGAACAUAUAGAAUACAUUGUUUUGGACACUGGAAUAAUAUGAUUUAUUUUCACCUAUAAAAAUGACUUCAUUGUACUUGAACAUCUUUGCAUUUCUCCAUUUGUGCCAUUUAUAAGUGGAAAUAAAUUGUAUUAUACCAUGAUCUACUGGCUUUUUGAAACUGUUACAUAUGCACAUUUUUGGUAUAGCUAUUUUCAUUUUUAUGUGUAUAUUGUGUAAUAUAUAUAUAUAUAUAUAUAUGUCUAUUUGUGUGUAUAGAUGGAUGGAUAUAACUCAUUCUAUACAUGUCUGCCAGGGCUCGGUUUUGAGUUUUGUUAUUGUUUUUUACUUCUUUACCCUUUGUUAAGGCAAGGAUGUGUGUUUUUAAAGAGUACUCUGGGCUGAUAUUUAUGAGAAGGUGUUAGUAGAUGCAGUCUCUUUUCUUUUUAAUUCCUUAACGCUUGUAUGAGUGAGGAGAAAGUUAAGUAAAACGAAACCAUAAAUUACAGUAUAGUAAAAAUGUGAUAGGGAAGGAGCCAGUUGGUGUUUGAGUUUGUUUUACAAUGCAAUAAAACGUGAGCAGGAGAAAACUGAACUGUGCAAAGAACACUGGUGGUGAUUUUCUGCAAAGGUAAAAAGCCAAUGAGUCACAUUCUUAAUGGACUUUUUUGAUUUCUUAGUGUUGAUGCGAUGAUCCUCUCUUGUUCACUUUUACUUUCAACACUAAUAGUUGUGUAUUUUGCUGAGGAUCAAAACUGCCAAGAAAGAAAUUACUACUAAAACAUAUCUAAAGUUCUCCUAAACUGUAAAAUCAUAGGAGAUGGUCACUGGGAAAGAAGGCAUGAUACUGGUUUGAAGGGCUGUCUCCUUUUAACUUACUAUUCUUGCUUGCUAAUAGUAAGUUCUUUAUGCACCUUCCACCCCUUCUGAGCCACUACUACUCAAGCUGAGAUUUAGUCCAACACAACACCCCUUUCUUAGUUUUGCUUCUUUUCUUUUGAGACAGGGUCUUGGUAUGUAACCCUUUCUUGUCUGGUAAUUGAUGUUUACCCAAGGCUGGCCUCAAAUUCCUAGCACUCCUGUCCCAGCCUCCCAAGUAGUGGGAUUACAGUUGUGACCCACCAUGCUCAACCACAGCAACCCUUUCUUUUGGAAGUUUUAUAGUUCUGCAUUUGACUCAUAUUCAGAAUGUGAAGUGUCCUAAUGUGUAUUAAAGUCAGAAAGAUAAUAUAUUUAAGCUAUACUAAGCAUGAAUCUGCUAUAAUGAUGAAAAAUUCUCACUUCUUACUUAGAGCCUUCUCUAAGGAGCAAAGUCAAAAUUUGGGCCAUCAUCAUUGAGCUGCUUAUCAAAAUACAGGUCAUUAUUUAAGAUAAACACAUUCUGUUUUGUUUUGUCCCCGUUACAGAAGUCUCCCUUCCCUGGUUUAGCAUCGCCUUUUAAAAGGCACUCACCCUUAGUUAAGAACUGGAAAUUCCCACCCUCGGAUUCCUUAAAGGAUGAAGAGUGUGCUGUACACUCAGCAUACGUGCCUCUUGUAUGCAAGGACUACUGAUUGAAGUCUGUUUUGCUGUCUGGUUAUGUUGUCUGCACUUUUAUGAAAUCACUACAGUAGAUCUACGUUGGAAAUAUUAAUUUGUAAAGAAAUUUUUAUUAAACACUGUAGAAAAAGAAAGUGAACAUGAGAAUUCUUCCUUUUUGUGCAUUUAUAUUUUCUGCUGAAAUCUGGUAGCCCACUUUUAAAGUUGUAUUGACUUUUUUUUCCUGUUUAAUUAUAUUCAGAUUUCCCAAGUUUUAUUCAAACAAGUGCUGGCCUUCAGAUCAUAAAUAUAAGAAAUAUGCACCAUAUCUGCCUGUUACAGGCUUCUGAAACUUGCACCGCCCAUCCAUGCAAAAAUAAGUAUCUUAAAUAGAAACAGAACACAAACUGGGGAGCCAUGUACUAUGUCACCAUAUCUGUUAACUGUUUCCAGCGAUCCAAACUCUGUGUGUGAGAGUGUGUGAGAGAGAGAGACUGUGUGUGUGUGUGUGUGUGUGUGUGUGUGUGUGUGUGUGUGUGUGUGUGUGUGAUAAUGUAUUGGGGGUUUUGCUUUGCUUUGCUUUUAAAUAUACAAGGGGUUCUUAUUUAAACAGAGGAAAUGGUUAACCCUCUCCAGCUGAUGCCCAUUGGAUAUAAUACUUUUUACAUCUGUAGGUAGUUGGGAAUGUGGAGAGAAGGUAAAGACUUCUCAAUGAAUGAAAAAGGGUAUCUUGAUACUCAAGAAUCCCCCCCCAAAAAAAAAUAAGUACGGGUAAUUCAACCUGCACAGUUUCCUUUCACUUGUAGUUUAAUAAUUAUGAGUGAAAAAUCAUGUAAUUAUCUGUAAAUAUGUAGCUAACAAAUUGACCUAGUUUCUGUAUUUUUUUGUUUGUUUGUUUUGGUUUUGUACUAAAGUUUAUAGGUCUGUGCCAGCUAGAGAGGAGUUACUGUCAUUGCUAGUUGUGGUUCUAGCAUAUAACCCUGAAAUCAUCCUAGAUGACAUUUUUAGAAUUAAUGCUUAAAUGUUGUUAAACAGGGAGAAAUGGAGCUUAAUCAUUGGUCAGGUUUGAAAUCUUUUGAAACUAAGUAAUUUUAUUUAAUAUGAUGAUUACAUGUCUUCAGUCAUGAGUGAGGUGUAGGGAGUCUCCCACCCCCAGUGGCCAUGUUUACAGAGUGUUUUGUCUAUAAAGUGCAAGUGUGUUAAUGUUUAUGUAAAUUAUGCAGGUGAUAACUAUGGUUUGGGACUGUUUAUGGGCUCUUUUAACUGAAUUUUAAAAUGAAAUGAACUAUGUUUAUUGCUGGCACAUUGAUCCCAUUUCUGGAACAUUUUUCCUACUUCCAGAAUUCCGUAUGUUCCUUGACAUUACCCCCACUUAACCUCCCUUCCUCUGAUAUGCCUUGUAGCUAAGAUAUUAAAGACUGUUGAACUUAGAUGAGGGAAAUGCAUUUCUUAAAAAUCCAUGAACCCUCAAUUGUAUGCUUUCAGUAUUGUGUUAUAUGUUUCUAUGGCAACUUUGAAGUCAGUGGUUUAGAAAUGAGAUACCAAUGUUAAUGAAAAGUAUGUACUCUUUGCUUUUGCAUGGCUUGGCUUAGUAUCCAAGGUAUAUUAGAGCCACUUGAAAGCAUGAAGACCAGUUAUAUGGAAACAGGUUUCUCUCAGUGGCACAUUUUGCUUUUUCUUAGCCCACAAAUACAUUGCCUUGGCAUGAAAAUUAUUGUUAAUACAAAUUUCACAUGGUCAUCAAGCAAAUUCUGUAAUUUUGAAAGAUGCAACUGCCUAAUGUUUGCAGUUUGGUUGGUCUCUAUCUCCAGUAACAAUGUGGGUAUGGAGUCCUUCUUGCGCGUUUGGGGGUCAUAAACAGUUGGAUCAGCUUAUCAGGGCUUUGGCUGCCCCUGGGGUAUUGCCAUGCUGUUGUCUUUGCUUCCCAUUCAUUCCACAUGUGCGGUGUCCUUUCUUGCACGUCAUUCUCUCAAACCAUCACCCUUCCUAACAAUUUUAUUUUGUCUUUUAUUCACAUUAAAUGGGAAUUGUGCCUAUUUAGAUUGCCCCUCUACUUAAAUACACAUAUAACCCAAGCCAGAAACAAGGUGAAGAAACAUUUUAUUUUCCAAGUCCACUUGGCCAGUAAGUUACCUACAAACUUUUACCACAUUAGCUUGACACUUGAUAGAAGAGCCUAUUAGGAGUCACAGUGGUUCCAUAGAGUAAAAUCCAAGUGAAGAGGGAUGUGUGGGGUUUCCAUUAGGAAAUAAUUUUGUUCUUAGUUUAUCUUUUAUGAUUCUUUUCUGCUAGUUUAGAAUAGGUUCUCUCUCUCUUUUUUUUAAUUUUUUAGGGAAAUUUUUACAAAAAUAAUGAUCUGAUGUAAAUAACAUUUUAAAGUACAGUGCACAUAACUUCCCUAGGCUGUUCCAACCUAUUUGUAAAUGCUUUAGAGUUUUUAAAUUAACACUUGUGUUGCUAAAUCCUAUUUAUGUAAGUCUGAAAAGGUUUUUAACCCAUAUAAAACAUUUAAAUAGUGCAGGUUAUAAUGAGCAAGUUAGCUUUGAGAACCCCUCCUUUUAGUAUAUGAAAAAACCUAAUGCGCAUUAAUGAGGUUGGAGAGACUAUGAGAAAUAUGUAUAGUGUAUAUUUUAAACAGCUUUGCUUGUAUUGUGAAGAUUUAAGAACAAACUUGAGAUUUUUAAAGUUAACUAUUAACACAGUUUUAACAUAAGUUAUCCCACUGGGUUUAAAAGCAUCUUGAAUGUAUAACCCUUCUAUAACCCAGAUUGGUUUCUGCUUUUACCGAAUCAUCUAGACGUUAUUUAUAUGUUUAGUUUCAUGUACUCAUUUCUUUUUUGUUUUCCUCAAACAGCAUGGUUUUUUUUUUGCACAUGUAGAAAUUUUUAAAAGAAGGAAAUUGAUACAUGAUUUUUCUCUGGAUUUUCUUCACUUCAGUCUUUCUACUAACCUCUUAAGGCCAUGGCAUUCCAUUUGCUUUAUUUGUGCAAAUGCCAGGGUUGGCUUUUAUUUUUAUUUUUGCUAUUUACCUGGAAAAAAAAAAGACAAUGCUUCAGUCGAUUGCUUUUUUAUUUAAAUUUUUAAAAAAAGAAAGAAAAAAAAAAAGCUGUAACCUUAUCAUUUCUGAGUAGACCAUUGAGAGAGAAAUGCACACCUGUCAGCCCAGGACCAGCUUUGGUGGCUAAAGGGAAUAUUUUAACUAAGCAAAAUGUUCUGUACAAAACAUGUUAUUCACAGUCUGUUUCAGUUAUUCCCACAAGUCAGGUCCUGAUAAAUGAGGGUUAUCAGCUAACUGAUAUGUUAUCAUUGAGGUUCGUCAAUGAAUUUGUACAUUUCUAGUUCCCUUUGGUGAAGGGGAAAAUGAUGAUUUUGCAAGACCUAGAUUUUGGCUUGUUUUCUUGCCUUCUUUUUUGGCAGCCUUCAUCUUUUCCUAAAGCCCUUGAGCCUGUAGGGUUUUCAUAGUGGACAAAGGACUUAUGGUCGUUUUAAAACUGGCAUAGAUUGGGGGUGGGGGGACAAGAGAUUAUCAUACAGGAUCCUAACACUUUUAACAGUGGAUAAUUUUUAGUAAAACCAGUCCUUUCCAAUUUUAGACUAGACAGAUGCCCACAGUGGAGGCUUACCAAGGGUUGCAAUGAGGAAGAAGCCUCUCCCUCACUGUCAGCACCAGCUGGCAAAGGUGACUGCAGGUGUGCAUUUUCCUGUUGGUAGAAUGGUCCACAGCACUAACUGGUAAGGCUUAUUGUACAGUAUAUUGUCAGUAUUCUUCUGGUUCAGCAUACUUAUAGUUCGUAUAUAACCUGUAUUAAUUGUAUAGAUUGUGCAUUUAAAGCUGUUACCAAGUUGUCAGAACCUUAAGAACGAAAACAGGUCAUAUGUAAUAUUUUGUUUGUAAGUAUCCUUUGUAUCAUAGCAAAGGAAAUGUUUAAAAGAUCAACUGUAAUAAAAGUAAUUUUAGUA